AUGACAGACGCAGCGACCAAACACGGCCUCUCGAAACUCGACCUCUUCACCCCGAACCCGCUGCACGCGUCCCUCCCGCCCCUCACCCACGGCACUUACAACUGCAUGGGCACGGCGGCCGUCAUGCUGCUCGAGACCGACGUGCUCGCCCGCAAAACCCACAUCCACGGCCUGCUCGCCGCCGCGUCGGGUCCCGACGCCGUCACGCCCCCCGCGCUGAACCGCCGCGUCGCUGCUCACACGCGCAUCGCCGCCGCCCUCGGCAUCGCGUGGUACCAGGUGUACUGGCGGAACGUGGGCCACGGCGACGGCGGCGGCGGCGGCGACUUCGCCCCCCCUUCGGCCGAUAUGCAGAGCCUGCGUGCGGGCAAGCUCCAUUAUGCGAGGGAGCAGAUCAAGAGGCAGUGGGCCGCUAUGGGGUUGGAGGAGACGGAGCUCGAUUUGGAGGGCUAUUGGUAG